AUGAGUCAGGUGGCAAAAUGGCUUUUCCGAUCACGCGGCUGGUCUGUACCAUCCAGCGCAACGUUAAUCUCAGCAUCCAUAAAUAGACAUAGAUUCCUGCAUGAAUUCGAUGUUGCAGCUUCAACAGCAUUGGGGAUUCACCCAGGUUUCGACCAAUGUCCCUGGCCGAUAACCCUGGGGACAUUUCUUCGGUCGUACGGCUCGAAGGCGACCGCAGCUGCUCCAACUGGGGGUGCUGGGUCAGCAGGUUCAGAGGGCAACACGGGUGCUCAGGGCAGCCAGGACUCGGCAGACGCCGAGGACCUUAAGGUGCUCAGUGAGCUACGGAACAUGACCAUGGAGGGAUAUGUGGAGUACUGUAAGAAGAUGAGGAGCGGGUCUACACCUCCCCGACCACGGCUACCGCCUCUGCGCUUCAGUCGUGCUGAGAACCGGGCGUGGGUGGACGAAGCGCGCGUCUCCUUCCUGCGCCUGCAGCAACAUGAACGCAUUGGAAGCCUUAUCACGAAGGAGGAGAGCGACCUGAUUUUGGAGAAGCGGAAGGAGGUGCUUUAUGAUAGGGCGUUCAUGGCGGCGAUCGCAGAUCGGACUGGGGUGUACAUCGACCUUGAGGUUAAGGACUGCAUCGAGCAGUUCUUGGAACUGCGGAAGAAGACCGAGCGGAUUCAUCGCUUUGUGACGGAAUUCGGUCACACACUGCCCAAAACGGUCAAGGAACAACAGUACGCGCUUAGGUUUAUGGAGCGGAAGGACGCGGAAGAGGAACUCCAGGCAGCUCUCGCACGUCGCGACACUGUGGGCUGCCCUUUGCAGCAAAAGCUGCCAUGGACUGGACUGGCGGCGCGCUGCGAGCUCACCGGGCGCCCAUAUUGGGAAUGUUGCGGCCGGACGGUUGCUGGGAUACCGACCAAGUUGCAAGCUCACUUGCAGCAGCCUAAGCG